UUGGCGCUGGCGUCGGUUUAUUAAUCGAUUGUCUAGGAAGUUUCCGGCUUUUCGUGUUUCUUGCCAUUCCGCCGCAGUUUAGUUUAUGAUCUGCACUGUUCUCGCUCUGUUGAAUUAUAUCAUCGACAGAAUGGCCGGCAACAAGGAACGCACCUUCAUCAUGGUGAAGCCUGACGGCGUCCAGCGUGGACUCGUCGGCAAGAUCAUCAAGCAGUUCGAACAGAAGGGCUUCAAACUCGUGGCCCUCAAGUUCAUGUGGGCCUCCAAGGAGCAUCUGGAGAAGCACUACGCUGACUUGAGUGCGCGUCCCUUCUUCCCGGGCCUUGUGACCUACAUGAACUCGGGCCCAGUGGUUCCCAUGGUCUGGGAGGGACUCAACGCUGUUAAAACCGGCCGCGUCAUGCUUGGCGCUACGAAUCCAGCGGAUUCCGCCCCCGGAACUCUUCGCGGUGACUUGUGCGUGCAAGUGGGCCGCAAUAUCAUCCACGGCUCGGACUCUGUGGAAUCGGCAAACAAGGAGAUCGCACUGUGGUUCACUGAGAAAGAGCUGGUCAGUUGGACUCCGGCUCUGGAGAACUGGGUGUACGAGUAAAUGGGGUCACCAGUGGAGCGAGAAACGUGCAGGACGUAUAAGAAAAGUGGAUUCUCAAUAAAGGAGUAUAAUUAAA